AUGGUGGAUUGGAAAGCAAUUGGAGGAGCUCCGUCGCCCCUGACACUUGACAACCUCGACAAACUGAACGAUCUGGGAAACACAAGCGUCCACCUGACAUCCAAAGAGGGCAUUAAUGCCGAUCCGACUCCGUCAUGGUUUUACGGCGCUCCUGUUAACCAGGAUGGCAAGUCCGAGGAUGUUGUCUCUUCGUCUAUUAUCGUCAAUGACCACGGUGACGGAACUGUAGAUGCCUUUUAUUUCUACUUUUAUGCGUACAACCAGGGAAAUACAGUUGUAGACAUGGAAUUCGGUGACCAUAUGGGAGAUUGGGAGCAUAACAUGAUCCGAUUUUCAAAUGGCGAACCGCAAGCGAUCUGGUAUAGUCAGCAUGCCUAUGGACAGGCUUUCAAAUACAAGGCUACGGAGAAGAAAGGCAAGCGGCCGAUCGCAUACUCGGGAAAAGGCACCCACGCGAACUAUGCCAUUGCCGGCAACCAUGACCAUGCCAUUCCCCAUCUUAACCUUCCUUUUGGAUUUGUUGUCGAUACCACGGAUCAGGGCACUUUAUGGGAUCCCACCAUGAGCACUUAUGCAUACAGCUAUAAUGCGGCCGACGAGACGUUCAAGCCCUACGACUCCAAUUUUCCGGUCAAUUGGCUAUACUUCAACGGUCAGUGGGGUGACGAUGCGUUACCGGGAGGACCGGAGCUGUUUGGGCAGAAGAAAUACGCCGAGGGUCCAAAUGGGCCCAAGUUCAAAAAGCUUUCCAGGACUAAGGUGUGCCCAGAUGAUCCAUGCGUUGAGCUUCCUUUCCGUAUUUGGAGCACGGUUAACUCGACCACAUCGGCAACGCUAUGA